GCUGCAGGUCGCUGCUGCCUUGCCUUGGGGAUAGGAUGUGGUGAGAGAAUGGGGCUGCUCCCUCCCGGGGGUCACCAUGGCCAGAGAAGACUCCGUCAGGUGCCUGCGCUGUCUGCUCUACGCCCUCAACCUGCUCUUUUGGUUAAUGUCCAUCAGCGUGUUGGCAGUUUCUGCUUGGAUGAGGGACUACCUGAAUAAUGUUCUGACUUUAACUGCAGAAACAAGGGUAGAGGAGGCCGUCAUCUUGACUUACUUUCCCGUGGUUCAUCCGGUCAUGAUUGCCGUUUGCUGUUUCCUUAUCAUUGUGGGGAUGCUAGGAUACUGCGGAACAGUGAAGAGAAAUCUGUUGCUUCUGGCCUGGUACUUUGGAAGCUUACUUGUCAUUUUCUGUGUGGAACUGGCUUGUGGUGUUUGGACAUACGAGCAGGAAAUUAUGCUUCCAGUACAGUGGUCAGACAUGGUCACUUUGAAAGCCAGAAUGACAAAUUAUGGCUUACCUAGAUACCGCUGGCUUACUCACGCUUGGAAUUUUUUUCAGAGAGAGUUCAAGUGCUGCGGAGUGGUGUACUUCACCGACUGGCUGGAAAUGACAGAGAUGGACUGGCCCCCAGAUUCCUGCUGCGUUAGGGAAUUCCCAGGAUGUUCCAAACAGGCCCACCAGGAAGAUCUCAGUGACCUGUAUCAAGAGGGUUGUGGGAAGAAAAUGUACUCCUUUUUGAGAGGAACCAAACAACUGCAGGUGCUACGGUUUCUGGGGAUCUCCAUUGGAGUGACACAAAUCCUGGCCAUGAUUCUCACCAUCACUUUGCUCUGGGCUCUCUAUUAUGAUAGGAGGGAGCCUGGGACAGACCAAAUAAUGUCCCUGAAGAAUGACACGACUCAGCACCUGUCAUGUCACUCAGUGGAACUGCUGAAACCAAGCCUGACGAGGAUCUUUGAACACACCUCCAUGGCAAACAGCUUCGACACACACUUUGAAAUGGAGGAAUUAUAGAGGAUGUCGAAGGAGGAAACCACCCAGUUAUUUUAUUUCACUUGUGAAUUUUUGAGCACAGAGAUGUUUCAGAAAUGUGUAGAAAUAAAAAUGCCACAAAGCAAUGCCUAAGCAUGUCAUUUUGAACUCUUUAACAUGAAGAGGGAAAAGCUCCAUAUAUUAUGUUGCCACCUGGACAAUAGUUGCUGCCCUUUACAAUGCCAAGGACAGAUCUAAUAUCCACUUUAUAGCUUGUGUCAGAUUUUUACUAAACAUAGUUAUGCUUUGAGGUUUAUGCUUUGGUACAGACUGACCAACGUUUCUGCAUGCCUACUAUGGUGGGAUUGGAGCUACAGUAAAGUUCGAUUUACUUCUGUAAGCUCACUAGUAUAUAAAGUGCCAGUUAACUGCUAACAUAGGAAGUUAAAUAAUACUAAUGA